AUGGACAUACAUAGAACAGUACUUAAUUUACUAACUGGCCGAUGGAUCGACCCAAAUGGAAAGCUAUUCCAGAAGUUGAUUCGUGAAGGGUUCAGAUACGCUGAUAGACUUUUGGAUUAUUUAGAGGAUAUUGGGACUAUAUAUGUUGUUUCUAUUAGUGUAGAAUCUGCUGUUAUAGGAAGAAUGGGAUUAUUUACCCUUGAAAAAAAUAAACGAUCCUCGCUUCAAAAUCUAAUACAAACGAAUUAUUCUAGUGAUAACUUGUCUGUAUUAAUAGGAAUAACUUGGGAACAUAGAGAGACAAAAGUUUGGAGGAAUGACGUACUCAUGAAAUUCCUCCAUCACCCGAAUUUAGUCCCUUCAAAGUACAGGCCAAAUUCUUUAUAUAAUGCAUUCACUAAGAUGAAUGCUUUAGAACCAGAACAAAUAUUAGCUCUAGCGCGAGCACUUUACUAA